CACAAUGCAGCGCGGCGCGCUGUCCCCGGUGCUGAUGCUCAGCGCUGCCCCGGAGCCUCCGCCGCGCCCGCCUCCCGCCCUCUCCCCGCCGGGCUCGGGCACCCGCCAUGGCUCGGCUCGGUCGGGUCCUGCCCCAGAGCCGUCGGGGGGCCUGGGCGCGGCGCUCGACAGCAGCCUGCGAGCCGCCGUGGCAUUCAAGGCGGAGGGCCAGCGCUGCUACCGAGAGAAGAAGUUCCGGGAAGCCAUCGGCAAGUAUCACCGGGCGCUGCUGCAGCUGAAAGCGGCCCAGGGGUCCCGCCCCGGAGGCCUGCCUGCCCCUGCCCCCGGGCCCGCCACCGGCCCGGGACCGGCUCGCCUCAGCGAGGAGCAGCGGCGCCUGGUGGAGAACACGGAGGUGGAAUGUUAUGACUCUCUCACGGCCUGCCUGCUGCAGUCGGAGCUGGUGAACUAUGAGCGCGUGCGCGAGUACUGCCUCAAGGUGCUGGAGAAGCAGCAGGGCAACUUCAAGGCCACCUACCGCGCCGGCAUUGCCUUCUACCACCUGGGCGACUAUGCGCGUGCGCUGCGCUACCUGCAGGAGGCCCGCAGCCGGGAGCCCACAGACACCAAUGUCCUACGCUACAUCCAGCUGACUCAGCUGAAGAUGAACCGUUGCAGCCUCCAGAGGGAAGACAGUGGGGCCGGGGCUGGGACUCGGGAUGUCAUUGGCUGAGGCAACCUAGGGGGACUGUCCCUACCCCCACUCCCUCCAACGUCACCCUGUAACUUCCCCUGACUCAUGUUUUCGCUGGUAAAGUACUUGUCACUGGUGACCAUAA